AUGUACAACAUACGUGACAAACGUCACAUUCAUUCAUACGAUCCACCCCUGGCAACAUUUCUCCGGUCUAUAGGCCUAGGUGCCUUUUGUGUUUUAAUAACUCAUCUUCUUCGUUACCAUGUUUCGCACGAACCGAAGAAACCAGUCAGAACAGAAUCACUGCGUCUUGCAUUCCAGCGAUGCGCGGUACACAUCUUGCCAUGUGCUUUCGCUUUGUUCCUUAUCAUAAUUAAUAUACACGGUCAUUUUAUCGGAUUUGAACUCGCAGGUGAAUCAGGAAAGACGUCAGAGUAUACGGCACUUCUUCAGAUCGCAGCCAAAAUUCAAGAGCUUCUCAUCAUCGCAAGCCUUACGGCCAUUAUUAUGCACAAAGUUCGGUAUGAUCUCAUUGACGGAAAUGGCGUUCCCUUUGGUUUAGUAGGGGUAGGAGCACUGUUCACCCAAUUGAGCUUUUUCUGGUCCACAGCUUUUAUCGGGUCAUUUUCAAGUCACGGGGCAGUGAGACGAAAUGCAGCAACACUUUGCUUAGUCGUGCUCGCAGGCUUCAUCGCUGUGACAUCCGGUCCUGCUGUUGCGGUUCUGCUUAUACCACGCGAACAUACUUGGCCUGCUGGGGGAACCAAGUACUGGAUCAACGGCAGUUCAGAAGACCUUUGGCCCUCGACACUCGAUAUCAAACACUACAUGCCUGAUCUUGGCGCUGGUGUUUUCGGGGCCAGCUGCUCUUCAUCAAAUGCAUACACCAAUGCGCUUUGCCCAGCCGGCGGGUAUAUAGCGCUGGCAAACAGAUUUUCCUCGACCGACAACCCCAGGCCGUGGUCGGCCCCUAAGGACUCUCGAUACGCACCAGCUGAAUUCUUGAUUUGGAGUCCAGAAGGACAAGUACCACCCUACAGUCUAGCAUCAGCACAGAGAGCUAGAGUAGCGCUGGAAUCAUCAGCAACCGGCGUUCAUGGUCCUGUAGCGUGGGUUGCGGCUAGGAUUAAUGACGAAUGGCAAACAGCUGCUGACGCAAUACCUGUCGACUCUAGCUCCCGCUUUGGAAGAUACAGAUACUACAAUCAGAUGAAAUCUAUAGUCGAAACAUGGGUUCCGGCAGUGCGAGUGGUGUGCAGCCCCUUGCAGCCCUUCGAGUCCGGGCAGACAUCUCUCCAAUUUCCUGUCGUUCCAGAGUUCCGCAGUGCGAUCACGAACGAUCUAAUUUUUGAUGAUCAGAGCCCUGGUUAUCCUACCGAAUUGCACACGGUAGAGUUGCCAGACGAGACGUUGCAGUCUCUACAGCAAACACCGCAUCCGUCAAUUGUUUCUUUGGAUAUGGCCGAUAGUACGUGGACCACUGCUACUCUGGGCAUCAUAGUUGAGGCCCCUAUGCCAGAUAAUAGUCAACGCAACCUUUCCGCUUGUGUUGUUGAUGCGAGAUGGGCCAAAGGAUCGUUGUCUGUGGGCCUUGCUCAGGCGGUGCAACCAGAGAUCUAUUCGGUCACAAAAGCUCCCAAGUCCGGUGACAUAUCUGAAACAUCUUAUCGGGCAUAUGACAUGUUCCGGUUGGAUGCUGGACAUCAAGAAUCUUGGCGCCGACUUCGUAUCACUGCCGACUGGUUUGACGCUGUCAAUUUAAAGCUCAACACGAGCAUAGAUACGCCAUGGAAUACGACAGUAACAAACAACAAUGCUCUGAAUUUCAAUGACACCGAAACAAGAACGACGAUAUCUUCUCUCAUGUCUAUGGCAACAUCCGACUCGUUUCUAGUGCCAAAUGUCGAACACAUACUCGCUUCGGUCUUUGCAGAUGCCAUAUCCCGCGCUGGAAGCUGGCGAGUCUUGAACAUCACCGUUCCGAUUCAAAGAAAAAAGUACAAUCCGGUUUCGUACCAUAUGCGCAAAUCUUCAUAUCAGUCCGAACUCCUGGAGGAUGGACAAGCAUACGAGAACCCCUCUACCGUGUCGACGUCUACAUUCACCGAAUUCCACAUCAGACAAGAAAUCACAGGCUACGCCUUCAAAGUAUCUUCUACGACCGACGUACUUGCUCUUAUUGUCGUCUUCUUACAUCUAGUCAUGGCGGUCAUUCACACACUCCGCUUGGUUGUCCGGCGGCGUAGUUCCAGCUGCUGGGACUCCAUACCCGAGUUGCUGACGCUUACUCAACAGUCAAGCCCCUCUGUGGUUGCUUUGAAAAAUACAACAACAGGGAUACAUCGGAUGAGUACGUUUCAGCGAACGGCGAGAAUACGAGUGUCAGAUUAUGAUUCUCAACAUGUGGAGCUGGUCUUUGAUGAAGAUCAUGGCAGCCAGGAUAUACUGGAUAAACCGUCGUCAAACUGUAAAUAUGGGUAG